CACCGUGUCCCCUGAGACGCGCCCCAGUGCCCGUCAUCGCUCCCGCGUUCAGUCUGUGCCCGCGUCCCCUGCGAGCACAUUUGCCUCGUGUCCCACGGCCCGCCCGGCUGCAGAGCACACUUCUUGCCGAGGGGCUUGAGGUCCCAGCUUGAGUCACCCUUGUCCCCACCCACCCAUCAGGCCUCCAGCAGCCCCAAGCGGCUGGCUGUCCCCAAGCUCCCUGAAGCCAGGACAGCCCGGGACCCUCGAAGCCACUCCAGCGUGGGAGAAUAUGGCUUCCGCGGAGGAGGACAGUGAUCGUCUGCUGAGUGACUACACCAACGGCUUCAUGGUCUCCCAGGUCCUCUUCGCGGCCUGCGAGCUCGGCGUCUUCGACCUUCUCGCCGAGGCCCCCGGGCCCCUGAGCUCGGCCGCGGUGGCCGCGGGCCUGGGCACCAGCCCCGAGGGCACAGAGCUGCUGCUGGACACCUGCGUGUCGCUGAAGCUGCUUCGCGUGGACACGGGAGGAGGACGCGCUCUGUACGGAAGCACCGAGCUGUCCCGCAGGUACCUGGCGAGGAACAGCCCCACGUCCCAGCACCACAUACUGCUGUAUCUGGCCAAGACGACCUACCUGUGCUGGGGCCACCUGGCCCAGGCCGUGAGGGACGGGAAGAACCAGUACGUGCGGGCCUUCGGGGUCCCCUCGGAAGAGGUCUUCGCGGCCAUCUACAGACGGGAGGGACGGCCAGGUUUGUGCAUCCAGGUGACACGUCCACGCUGGGCGCUGGGUCAGUCCGAGGGCUUGGACCGCACACUGACCGCAGGGCCGCUGCGCUGUGUUCCAGGGGAUUUCUUCAAAGACCCGCUCCCGGAGGCGGACCUGUACGUCCUGGCCAGGAUCCUGCAUGACUGGAGCCCCGAGAAGUGCGCUCAGCUGCUGGCGAGGGUGCAUCGGGCCUGCAGACCAGGCGGUGGCCUUCUGGUCAUCGAGAGCCUGCUGGACGCGGACGGGCGGGGACCUCUGACCACGCAGCUGUUCUCACUCAACAUGCUGGUGCAGACGGAGGGCCGGGAGCGCACGCCCGCCCAGUACCGCGCGCUGCUGGCCGCCGCCGGCUUCACGGACGUGCAGUGCCGCAGGACGGGGGGCCCUUACGACGCCGUCCUCGCCAGGAAGUAG